CUGCUAGUGUACCAAAGGAGAAGGAGGUUUGGAAUAGAGCAUAUUCGCAAAAGAUGGUGUACACACCAAACUCGCACCUUUCGUCCCCUUGCCUUCCGCCAGAAGAGAAACAACUUUAACUUUGUCAUAACAUAAUCACUCAUUCACUUCCCUUUUCUUUUUCACUAUUUCAUAUUCCUUAUCCGAUAUAAAUGCACCUUCGAAUACAUUAACAGCAUUACGCUAUUACCAUUACAAAUUCCAGAGACCAUUCGCACACUCUGGACAUUCAUAGAGAAAGAGAGAGAUUAGUUUUUUUUUUUUCUUUGUUCUGCUUCGGUUCUUAGCUGUGGUUUUUUGUUGUGUUGUGGUGGUGGUGGCUCUCUCUCUAAAAGUAACAGUUCCAGCAUCAGCACUUACAGAGAGUUUUUUCAAUAAUGGUGGGAAAAGAAAAGGAGAGAGAGAAAGAGAAGAACAUGUUUGUACGAAUACUCUUCAAUUGUGCAGCCGAGCACAAAUUCCUCCUUCCAGCCGUCCUCUUCCUCUGCUCUCUCGUCACCAUCUUCCAGUUCCUCCCCUCUCGAUUCUCUAUUUCCUCUUUCUCCGACCUUCCCAGCUGCAUCUCCGCCACCGCCACCACAGCAAGUGAAGUUGUAAACAAAUCAGCACCACCGGUGGCAGCGGAUGUAGUAAUCCCCCUACCAUUAGCAUCACUUCCCACCAUACCACCACCUCCGUCCCUACAAAAUGAUCAGGUCCUGGAAGGUGGCAUUAUAAAGCGAGCUUUUAACGCCUAUGGCUCAGCCUCAUACAACUUCAUACUGAUGUCUAGUUACAGAGGCGGACUCAACACCUUUGCUAUCAUCGGUCUCGCUGCGAAACCCCUCCACGUCUUCGGCAGACCAAUCUACCAAUGCCAGUGGCUCUCUAAUUCCAACAAAACCCAACAACCCAUCACUUCAGUGGGCCAAAAAAUCCUCCCAGAUUGGGGCUUUGGCCGUGUCUACACCGUCGUGGUUGUCAAUUGCACUUUCCCAAUCCCCAUCAAUGAAGACAACUCGGGUGGAAAAUUACUUCUACAAGAUUUCACCAAUGGUGGUUUUGACCGGAACUUCAAUUUGACCGAUAAGAUUGAGGCUUUAGUGGAACAACCUGGUAGUGUAAAUUUCUCAAGCUUUUUAUCUCAACCUGAAUAUGAUUAUUUGCAUUGUGGGUCUCCAUUGUAUGGUAAUUUAAGUCCACAGAGGAUGAGAGAAUGGUUGGCUUAUCAUGUGAGGUUAUUCGGGGGAAAGUCGCAUUUUGUAAUUUAUGAUGCUGGCGGCAUACAUUCUGAGGUGAUGGAGGUGCUCAGACCUUGGAUGGAGAAAGGGUUCGUCACUUUGCAGAUCAUUACAGAGCAAGAGAGGUUUGAUGGAUAUUAUCAUAAUCAGUUUUUGAUUGUGAAUGAUUGUUUGCAUCGGUAUCGAUUUAUAGCUAAGUGGAUGUUCUUCUUCGAUGUGGAUGAAUUUAUCUUUGUACCUGAUAAGAGUACUAUCAAGUCGGUCCUCGAUUCGCUUUCUGAGUAUACAGAGUUAUUUAUGGAGCAGACGCCAAUGUCUAACAAGCUUUGUCUCGCCGAGGAUGCGGGCGAAACUUCCAGCAAAUGGGGAUUUGAGAAGCUAGUGUACAAAGAUGUGAAGAGAGUGAGGAAAAGGAACCGUAAAUACGCGAUUCAACCUCGCAGUGUGUUUGCCACAGGGGUGCACCUGUCACAGAACAUGGUGGGUAAGAAAAAAUAUAUGCCGACGGAGCAGGUCAAAUACUUCCAUUAUCACGGGACCAUAGCUGAACGGCGCGAGCCAUGCCAGCAGCUUGUGAAUACAACAGAUAUCAUCGUUGAACAAAUCCCUUAUGUCAGGGAUACCACAAUGCGGAAUGUUGCUGGAGCUGUGAAGAGAUUCGAACUCAAAAUGAUUGGAUCUAGAUUGCAAAGAACACGGCAAUGACAGUUUUAUACCUUUCUUGUUCUUACAUGGAUGGGUCUGUGUCCGUUUUUAAUCCACCUACAGGUUGAUAUAUUUCUCGAUGUAAUUAUUUUCUGCAUUAUAGUUUUUCCUUGCUUUGAUAGAUAUUGAAUUAGAUAUCGGCAUAUUGAUACAGAUAUAGAUAUCAAGGCAGGCCAUACAUGUUUCAGCAUGAAGAAGAGAUUAUUGUAUUAUUUGUCUAUCUAUCUAAUUCAUU